AUGAGGUUACCUUCGUGGUUAAAAAACUCGUCUUCUUGGCUGUGGACUGCUGCCUUGUCACGAGCAGUUCAACGUCGACUACUAGCGUUUGCUUUACAAAAGCUUAUUGGAUCAAUUCUUCAAGAAAAUAUUCGUCCUGAGGAUAUACAGCUUCUAUUAUCAAAAGGGGUGUUGGUUUUGUCUAAUUUACAACUAAAUUGCGAGUUCUUAAAUGCAAUUGUCCCAUUUCCUAACAUUAGAGUAUUAAAGGGAAAUGUGAGGAAACUUGUUUUGCACGUAAAUGUUACAGAUCUUGUCAAUUUGAAUGUGGAGCUCGAAGUUCAAGGACUGUCAUUAGACGUUACACUUAUUCAAACAGAUGAAUCGAUGGAUUCCACAAUCUAUCAAGAUGCUUCAUCUCAACUUGACAUUUUGGAUAACGUAGUCGAAUACAUGAACAAGACAGCCUCCCACGACUUUGAGGAGGAGGUAAAAAGCGAGGGACUGGACGAUGAAAUACCUGAUAACUCCCGUAAUUUGCUUGACAAUAUAUUACAAAAAUGCCUUGCUUCUACUUCCGUAAUUAUAGAACACCUAAAAUUGGUACUCAAGCCAUCCCAUAUCCCUACUGCUUUGGAAUUAAGGAUUGAUUUUAUUAACUUUUCCUCUUUUAAUAACAGCUCAUUAUCAAGAUUAUUGAAUAUAUCGGGAAUAACUCUGGGUAUGCUCAAGCAAGAGAAUAACACCGGGCCUCGCAAUUCAUCAUGUUCUGAAGGUUCUGUGCUCUCUCUAAAUACCUCAACCUCUAGUACCAUGGAAGAUGCGAGAAGUUUUUUUACGCCUGAAUCUGAGUCCUCUGAAUUACAUGAAAAAAUGUACGUGAGUGGUAAUAAAGAAAAUGCACCUUCUCAUUCUCCUUCAACUCUGGAUGAGUCAAAGGAGACAAAUCAUAUAAUUUUUUUCCGUUCUGCAGGGGAAUUUCGAUUUGUAUUCAGCGUUGAAGUCUCGACAUUGUUGGUAAUAGAAGCUCAUGUUCCUCCUUGUGUGUUCGAUUUAUCUCCCCAAGUAUGUGCGUUUCUGAUGUACUUGUAUAGACUAUUCACUGUUUCAUCCAACGUUUCAAGUGUGGGAUCCGAUACAGCAAAAUCUCCGCUUAAUAAUAUUCAGUUGGAUAUUCAUAUAUCUUCUUUCGAAGUUGAUAUCCAUUGUAGGCAAGCUGAUGCAGUCGACUAUCUUAUUCCAGUCAAUAUAUCAGAUCAGCUUCAUUGGAUUCCUGAAAAUGCUUCUACUCUCGAAAUUUAUUUUAACCAAAUUCAGAUAUCUAACGACAAUCAUGACCUUAAUGACCUUUUCAUGACUUUUUCCAAUUUUGGAAUAUUUAUGGAUGGUAGUCCCUUUAUAUCGUUUCAUAAGGCCCUGCACUCUUCUUGUUCAAUUAAUCUUAAUAUGGAAAACUUGCAGUCGACUUUAACAUUGAGAAUGUCAAGCGGUGAAAUAUCUCUUCCAUUUGAAAAGUAUAUUAAUAUUCAGGAAUUCUUUAUUACUUUUUUUAAAGAUUUGACAAUGCUACAAGAUUCUUUGAUAGGUUUUACUGAGGUUAGCAGACGACAGAAUGCUUACCAGUCUUCAAGCUCAGUUAACAUAGAAUCAAAGUGUCCAACAAUCGAGAUUAUAGUCUUAUUUGAUCGAUUUCAAUUUCAGCUAACAAAGCGUCAAUCCGAACAACUCAUCACUUGCUUUUCUAUAGCUGCCAAUCAUUUCCAACUUACUAGAAAAUCUUUGGGAACUUUUUCUUCCGUCUUAUUAUUUUCUAAAAAUGUAACUUUUAACAUAGAACUCUAUUCUGCCGCUCAGUCCCCAUGGAAAAACAUAUCGUCAGAAAAUGUUUUGCGAAUCUCCAAUGGCAUUUUUGAGACACAUUCAGUUUCCGGGUUACCAGAAUUUAAUGUUUUUGUUCAACAAGAUGAAUUUUAUCACCCUAAAUUCCACAAGGUAACUAAUAAAACUCCCUGUCAUGAAAACCACUUUUACGCUGCUUUUGAUGGACUACACUUGACAAUCAAUAAAAAUGUAAUCGACUCUUUGAAGUCAUUAUUUGAGGAUAUAUCUGCUGCGUUCAUCAACCCUGUAACUCCUAAAAAUAUAGUGCAGCCGGAUUACAAAAACUUUUUAAAAAUACGGAAUCGUGAUUUUUCAUUGUUAUCGUACCACGAGGAUGGAAGUUCUUUACUAUUACGGUCUGACAGAAUUAAGCAUUAUAUGUCAUGGAUUGGGGCAGAAUUAAUAAGCUUAGAUUCUCGUACCUACAAUCUUUCGGCUUAUUAUUCUACAAAUUUUUUCAACGAUCUUCCACUCUUAUCAGUCGUUAGGAAUCUAAAAAAAGGUGAAAAAUAUAUUUUAAAUUUGUCAAUCACGUUUUCCGCUCAAAAUCAUUCCGAUUCUGAUAACGAAAUACAAAUAAGCAUAGUCGAUUUAGGAUAUGAGCAUUACAUGGCCGGUUUUUGGUUCACUAGUUUGUUGGAAACGUACUUUCUUCAAGACCCUGAUGUCCCUUUUCUUGAAUUUCCUGAAUUUCAUUAUAGCAUAAAUCUUACUGUAUCUGACUGCAUUUUAGGAUUGAAUCCGUCUACCGGGGAGUCAAAGUUGUUGAUACAUCUGAAAGCUCUUGAAGUUCACAUUGACGCCAUUCUUUUAAAAACAACGGUAAACAUCAAGUGCUUCACCAAUGAAGCCUUUUUAUACAUAAUUAACAAAUUGAACGAAGAUGUGGUUUCUGAGAAGAAGUCAUUGUUUCAAGAAGAACUUUGGAAAUCCGAACUUAUGCUAUCGCAACUGACGGUUGAUGAAACCAUUGGUUUCGUGAUUCAGUCAUUGGGUUAUGUUGAAUUGGCAAGGAUAACUGGCUUAAGUAUUGAAGUUACCAUACGAAUCAAUAAUGGAGAUCUGGCUACUUACAUAAAUCUUACUAAUGCUGAUUUACAUAUCCAGUCUUGCGCUGACAGCACUGAACUGCUUCUUCAAUUAAUUUCUGACUUUUCCGGUCCAAAUGAUGAUGAAACGCUCAAAGAUUACUUAGUAUCCCCCGAUGUCAAUUACGCAGACCUUCUUAGGGAAGUGGACACAGAAUUUUUUGUUGAUAUUGUAAAUCAUAGAAGCUCGAGGUCUUUAGAUACUGAUAUUUCAGUUAGCAGUCAAACUCUCGAUAUCGUCAACGACUAUUAUGCUUCUUCCGAUGGUUCAGUAGAUGAAUCAUUUCAGUUGAUAGCUUCAAAGGGUUCUCCUCGAAGUGAAAGCUUAUCGGAUGAAUUUGAUGACCUCAACUUUUCUGAUGAAGAAGACUUAGCGUCGGAAGGUAACUUGAAACAGGAUAUUGAGCUUAUUGAGGAUCAUUUUUUGAAUCAAGGAUCAAUUGAGCACCAUGACCAUGGUAUCUUGGCUACUGAUUACAAUUUACAAAUUGAAUUAUCUAAUAAUCGUGUAGUUUGGGAAUUAUACGAUGGUUACGACUGGAAUUCAACUAGACAAGCUAUAUCUGAAGCUGUUGGGGCUUUUGUACAAAAUAACAAAUUAAAAAGCAAGGGCCGAAUCAAAACUCAUAUUUUUGAAAGUAUCUGUUUGGAAGGAUUUUCUCAAUUUGGAAAACUAUAUUUCGAUAAAAUUGCCCAAGCCAUUGACCUGGAUGACCGAACAGAAGCUUUUUCUAAAAAUGAUAGGCAGCACACUUUACGGUUAGGCCGGUCAAAAAGUAAUAAGGUAGUGGUUGAGAUAAUCGGGUUAAUGGGGAGUUUCACCUCCUUACGGGAGGAAAAAGUUUCAAAUGAAAUUUUAAGUGAACUGGAUCUUGGCAUGAAAGAUUUGGCUAUUUACGAUCAUUUGCCUUCCUCAACCUGGAACAAGUUUUUCAGUCGUGAUUCUCGAUCGCCAUCAUCGAAAAAUAGGAACCAACACAUGAAUUUUAAAAUUGCUACAGUGCGCCCUGUACCAGGAUUAACGAAUACAGAGUUACGGGUGGAAAUUGGGAUCUUGCCUUCAAAGAUGUAUAUAGAUCAGGACACGCUAGAUUUUUUAAUUCGGUUUUUUGCAUUCAAAUCGGAAGUGCCGACGGAAAUGGAAGCGUUUACUAGAGACCUUCCAUUUUUUCAAUCUAUCUGUGUACAUGCUACUCAUUUUACAGUUGAUUUUAAAUUCAAGAAUCCUGAUCCUGCAGGAAUGAAAAGUGGAAGAUUACCUGAUUUUGGAAAUUUCUUUGUGGUUCAGGGUUCUGAAGUUUUUUUAAGGCAAUUGCAAAUCUACGGUCUGUCUGGAACCGAGGAGUUUUUGCAUGCUCUUCUGGCUAUCUGGUUUCAAGAUAUACGUAACAAUCAAUUGCACAAGGUGCUUAAUGGCAUAGUUCCUAUUCGAACACUUUUCACUGUUGGAAGCGGAGUUAAAGAUGUAUUUGUUUCUCCUGUUAAAGGAAUGACAGGGACGCAUGCACUAUUGAGGCAUGUUGAGGAAUACCUGCAAUCUUCGAGAGAAAUGCGAUCGAGAAGAUUCAGUUAUUACGCAAAUCAGCCGGAAUCGUUGGAGCAAGGGUUGCUGGAAGGUUAUCAUGGAUUCCGGCAAGGUUUAGUUGGAGCAAAGACAACACUACAAUCCAUUCCAAGCGAAGCUUCUCGACGUGCAAGUUUAGGUAGUGCUGCUCAAGUUGUUGGCAAGAAAAUGCCAUUAGCAAUGCUGAAGCCGAUGGUUGGAGCUACAGAGGCAGUGUCAAAAACCUUGUUGGGUUUAUCUAAUUCUCUCCAACCUCAACGCAGGCAUGAUCUUCGAGAAAAAUACAAAAGAUAA